UUAACCAUUCUCUAUUUCAAAGUAUUACACUCUUACAAAAACGCAUAUAUGGCAGAAUUUCAGAUGAACACCAAUAUGUACGUAGAACAUUCAGCACAAGGAGGAGUACUAGAAAGUGGAGAAGUUCAUAAAAACAUUGACGAUGAUGGGCGUGAGAAAAGAACUGGUACGGUGCUGACAGCGAGUGCACAUAUAAUAACUGCUGUGAUAGGGUCAGGGGUGCUAUCUCUAGCAUGGGCAAUGGCUCAGUUAGGGUGGGUGGCUGGUCCUGUUAUUCUCUUUAUCUUCUCUUUCAUCACUUACUUCACUUCAACACUUCUCGCCGAUUGUUAUCGCUCUCCUGGCCCUAUCUCCGGCAAGAGAAACUACAGUUACAUGGAAGUUGUCCGCUCUCACUUAGGAGGUAUUAAGGUGCAACUGUGUGGAAUAGCCCAGUAUGGUAACCUCGUAGGAAUUACCAUUGGAUACACAAUCACUGCAUCUAUCAGUAUGGUGGCAGUAGUAAGGUCAAAUUGUUUCCACAAAAAGGGGCACGAAGCCAGCUGCUCAGUAUCAAAUUACCCAUAUAUGAUUAUCUUUGCAGUUAUAGAAAUAAUUCUUAGCCAAAUACCGAACUUCCAUAAGCUUUCAUGGCUAUCCAUUCUUGCUGCAGUUAUGUCUUUUGCUUACUCUCUUAUUGGUCUUGGACUUUCCAUUGCCAAAGUUGCAGGUGCAGGGCACCAUGUAAAGACAAGCCUAACAGGGGUGCAAGUAGGGGUGGACGUGUCAGGUUCAGAGAAACUUUGGAGAAGCUUCCAAUCCAUUGGAGAUAUUGCCUUUGCUUAUGCUUUUGCCACCGUUCUCAUUGAAAUACAGGAUACAUUGAGAUCGCCACCUGCAGAGAACAAGGUUAUGAAAAGAGCAUCACUUAUUGGAGUUUUUACCACAACCUUAUUCUAUGUACUAUGUGGUACCAUUGGCUAUGCAGCCUUUGGAAAUGAUGCUCCUGGAAAUUUCCUCACUGGAUUUGGUUUCUACGAACCCUUUUGGCUAAUUGACUUCGCUAACGUUUGCAUCGCUAUUCACCUGGUUGGAGCUUACCAGGUUUUCUCCCAACCAAUAUAUGGGUUUGUGGAGGCUCGUUGUAGUGAAAGAUGGCCAGACAACAAAUUCAUCACUUCUCAACAUGCGAUAAACAUUCCAUGUUUUGGUCAUGUUUACUAUGUAAACUUUUUCAGGUUGUUGUGGAGGACAGCAUAUGUUAUAGUAACAGCAGUAAUUGCCAUGAUAUUUCCAUUCUUCAAUCACUUUUUGGGUUUAAUUGGGGCAGCUUCUUUUUAUCCAUUAACUGUCUACUUACCUAUAGAAAUGCACAUUGCUCAGAGGAAAAUUCCAAAGUAUACUUUCACUUGGAUAUGGCUGCAAAUAUUAAGCUGGGGUUGCUUAAUUGUGUCACUUGUUGCAGCAGCUGGAUCCAUACAGGGUCUUUCUCAAGAUCUCAAGACAUAUAAGCCUUUCAAAUCUCAAGCUCAUGAAUGAGUUUUAAAACAAUGUAUAACUAAAUUUGUAGUACUUUCAAUAAGAAGUUUCUUGAGACAGUGUGGUUGUGUGUAACUCUUACAAAUUUGGUACGGAACGUUAUAUGGCAUCACGCUACUUGAACACCGAGCAGCACUAGGUCCAACGAUGAUUAGCUAGAUCUCCUUUGCCUGAAAAUUACACUGUGCGUAAGUGAACCUUUUUUUUAUAUGUAAAUUAUAUCGAUUGUUGAAUCCCAUUAACAUAAACAGGGGAGUUCAUAAA